AUGGCUCUAGCGGACAUAGGAAAUGUACCAGCUAUUCCUGGAAAUGUCUUCCAAGGGCAACAUAAUAAUAUUUAUGAUAAUUUCUGUGAUAAAUGGGUAGCUGGGACGGAGUUGACUAUGACAGUCGACGCAAGCGGCAACCACAAAGAUUCCGCGGAGCGAUUUUCGCGACGCGACGUCGAUGUCAAUCUCGAUGAAUACAUGCAUUACAAUAUCGAUCUUGGCUUCACACCGUCUUUAGGAGGGAAUGAGUGCGUCAAGAAUUGUGUGGGUGCUUUCUCGCAAAUGGCAAAGGAUUGCAGAUCCACGGAGACUCAAGACCAGCUUAUGGAGCAGAGCGGUUCUAUAGACGUCGGCUGCGGCAUAUUCGACUACACCAUUACCGUUACCACUCCCCGCGAAGUACAAGAGCGAAACUGCUACACCGCUGACCAGUUUGGACAGCACGACGACAUUUACGAGCACAAUGUGAGAUUCAUUUCAGGAUUCACCUGUGCAGGCACCGCUAUCAAACCGAUCAAGCGCGGCAACCAUUCAACUUACAUUUCAUACCCCGCUUACAACGGGAAACAACCCGUACAGAUGAACAUCUACUGGAAAGACGGCUGUGUACUAGAUUACCCCAGCACUGACGAGAUUUACCCAGCGAAUCCAUUAGAGUUGGACGACCCUGGAAAUACCUUUUGCCAGGAUCUACUUAUAGAGAACUGGGAGAAAUGUGAUAACACGGGCGUUGGAGGGAAUAUACAGGCUGGAUGCUUAGUGUACGACUUCAAGGCCGCGCACGACUGA